AUGGCAGCCACCAACGAUUCUGGUGGACAUCAAUCUUUGCAAAAGUGUUGGGAGCGAUCGCCUGGAAGUUUUGAGCUGCUCGAAGGGGAUUCAGAAGCCUUGGCGCGAAUUUCUCAUUCUUUCGAUCUCACAGCUCAUGUUCAGAAUGACCGGACGUGGGCGGCCAAGAAAACAUACUUGGAUGUAUUGAUUGACGGCAGAGUUCCACCGUUCAAAGGACACUCCAGAGAUGCUCUAGAUACAACCUCUCCAUCCACAUAUAUGCGACCGACAAUUGAGGAUAUCUCACUCGCAACAAGACAGACAGAUCAGCAAGAAGCUGGCAAGACCGUAAGUAAGAUUCUAAAGAUAAUUGAGUGCGAAAUUCCAGAUAAUCAAUAUUUCAAGAAAUUUGAAAGAUACGGAACGACCUGGAGUAGAAGGACAAUCAAAUCUGUCAUCAAGAAAGCUCAACCGCAGUUUGGCAUAUCGAAUAGCAAUGAUUUAUCAGACGAAGAUCUGUGGCAGAAUUCAGAAGAUAUUGAGAGCCCCGUCGAAUUGCCAAAAGGUCGUCACGAUUGGGCAUAUCGCUGGAAGGCCGAGUUCGCUUCUGGGGAUCUCUUGGAGGAUGACUAG